GGUCGGGUCCGUGUCUGUGGGGGAGGAGCGUUCGGAUGCGGCGCGUUGGUGUCCGGCUGGGCCGGGGGGGAGGCCGGGGCGUCCUCCUGGGGGUUUUGUCCCUCUGCCUGGCAGCCGGCCGCUGUCUGCACAGUCGGGAAGUGUCACUAUACAUUCCACACUCCACCGUCAACGCCACGGUGGAUGAGAACAUCUUACUGUCCGUCGACUACUCCUGCCAGCGAUCCCCCACCAUCGAGUGGACGUACACCUCCAGCUGGGGGAUGCAGAAGAUCGUGACGUGGAGGCCGGGCGCUCCCCCGAACAUUUCCAGAAGCUACCAGGACAGGGUGUGCACCUACGACAACGGCUCGAUCCUACUCCUCAGCGUGGGGGUGCGAGAUACCGGCUACUACGUGGUCACCGUCACCGAGGACUUUGGCGACACCCGGUUGGGCACCAUCGUACUGAACGUGAACGAGAUCCUCUACGAAGAUCUCCACUUCGUGGCCGUCUUCCUGGCGUUGCUCACCGCCAUGUCCGCCGUUUUAAUCAGCCUGAUGUGGGUCUGUAAUAAAUGUGCGUAUAAAUUCCGGACGACGAGAAAACGCAGGCUAAAAGAAAGCACCACUGAGGAGAUUGAACUGCAAACCAUUGAGUGUUAGCCUGAAAAACGGGCCACAUUCAUCCCUACCUCAUGAAAAAGACAGAUUUCAAAUCAAAACCCCCCCAACCCGACCACGAUUCUGUUUCCCAGACCUGGCCCACAUCAAAGCCGAGACGUGACGCGGAGAAAGAUGAUUCCGUGGGCGUAAGUCGGUUUCAGCCCUGGCUGAGAGUGCACGAAGUGUGAGGAGUUCAAGGCAGACCCACUCAGCUGUAUCUCUUGGGUAAUGAGGGUGCAGAGACAAAACAUAUGUGGUAUGAAAGGGGGAGUGCGAGGUUCAGAAAUGACAUCAGAAACGGCAAAUGGAAGCGGGACAGUUGGGGAAACCAAAUGGCGGCCGAUUUAGGUGAUGAGUGUGGUGUCUUUCCCCCCAGGUGCUUUGGAAAAUGCAGCCCAGCUCCUCCUCACAAACCAAACAACGGCUGAAAUCCCUCUGCUGUUGCGGUCGGUGUUGGCUCUGGGCUGAGAGCGGGGAAGGGAGGGUUAUGUCGCUGCCAAUCUGGGCACGGCAGGGAACUGGAAAUUUUAGGGCUUCAUCAACCGCCCCCUCCUUAAAAACAGGGGUAACCAAUCCUCGCUCCCUGCUUCCGACCCAUUUGCGAAGGUGGAAGCUGAUCCCAGUUAGGGGAUUUGGGGGUCCUUGAGAGAAAGGGCAACGAGGUGCCAAGUGGAAAGGAGCAGGGAUCACUUGAAGACUCCGUGAGAAGUCGCCAAAGCAGAAGGGAGGGAGCUGGAGCGGAAGGUGGAAGGGCUGCCUACCCGCAGGCUUCCCAGAAGCCUCAGAAGACUGCAGUUAGCAUCCAAUCCUCCGCCCAGAAAGCUCGACAGUUGAGCCAAAUCCAUUUCCUGAAAAUCUUUGGCCAAAUUAUGAGCCCCACCCAUCAGCCUCCCACUUGGGCCAGGAACCGGGAGGUGGGGCCCGGAUUAAGCACCGAUCAAUCUCACAGCGAACAAACAAACGGAAAGAAACACCUGGCGGGCAGCAGCUACGCUUCCUGUAAAGGCUUGGAAGUUAAUUUUGAAAGAACUCCUCCGAAAGAGCUCUGGAACUUCACUGGAUCGGAAAGCGCUGGUUUACUUAGCACUGGUCGGACAGAGAUGCCACACCAACAUUUCCAUAGAGGUUUUGCCCCACAGGGGAAUCUCGGCGAGGUUAAAAAAACACAUCCCGUUGUCCGUUGUGUUUUACACCGUAGAAAUGCGCCUGUUCUAAACGGUUAAAUAAAACUCGCAAACGAAA